UCCUCUUCACUGCAUGCUGUUGCUGUAUGGAAAAGAGCUGCUUGGAAAUCCUGCAAAAUAUCGAUGUCAUGCAAUGUGAAAGGUGCGGAGCUGUCGCUGAUGCCUGCUGUGAUGGGGAGGAGGCAGAGGAAUGUCUGAUUGCGCGCGAGGGGCGUGGAGGAGCAGAGCCACUAAAGCAGGAUUCAGCAGUCAUUUUCAAACGGAGAAAUUUCCAGGCAUGGCGAGAUGAGCGGGGCCGUGUAUCGCUGAUGUUUGGGAAAAUGUGUCAGUGCUGCCGCUCCCCUGCGGUUCAAUACUGAGCUGCGCCAGCAUAUACUGAACCUGUGACUGAUUUAAACCAUGGAGCCCAAACCUGACUGCUGCCCUUCAUCCGUGCCCAACUCUCAGUGUGAACUGCAGCUCAACAUCUACGAGACCAUCAGCGAGGGGAAUGUGAAUAAACUGGAGAGCUCAGUGCUGGUGCGCGCCGGCAGCGACCCCAGCUCCUACCCGUCAUCCAAACGCCAGAGGUUCAUCCGCAGGAGCCUGUGGUUCACCGAUAAUGACGAGCACCAGGCGGACGAUUGCAACCCGGAGUGCGAGGAGCAGAAUAAGAUGCUCAGCAUCAACCUGCUGACCAUUGUGGACCGAUCUCUGGCCGUCCGAUCCAGUUUACCAGAAGGAUUGAGCACGGAGAGCCAGACGGCUCAGAAAGAGCUGGAGAGCGGCAGCGCAGACGCGGAGAAGGAGAGAACCGACCUCAAAACAGACGCGACGGAUGGCGUCAAGACUAACAUAAAGGCGGCCAGCGAGGAGAACGAGGAGGAGGCUGAGAUGAAGGCCGUGGCCACCUCUCCCGGCGGACGCUUUCUCAAGUUUGACAUCGAGAUCGGCCGCGGCUCCUUCAAGACGGUCUACAAGGGCCUGGACACGGACACCUGGGUGGAGGUGGCCUGGUGUGAACUUCAGGACCGUAAGCUGACGAAGAUGGAGAGGCAGCGCUUUAAAGAGGAGGCUGAGAUGUUGAAGGGGCUCCAGCACCCAAACAUCGUGCGCUUCUAUGAUUUCUGGGAGUCUCCGCUGAAGGGGAAGAAGUGCAUCGUGCUGGUGACAGAGCUCAUGACGUCAGGCACGCUCAAAACGUAUCUGAAGCGCUUCAAGGUGAUGAAACCCAAAGUGUUGCGCAGCUGGUGUCGUCAGAUCCUCAAAGGCCUGCACUUCCUUCACACACGCACUCCUCCCAUCAUCCACCGGGACCUGAAGUGUGACAACAUCUUCAUCACGGGGCCCACGGGCAGCGUGAAGAUCGGAGACCUGGGUCUGGCCACGCUCAAAAGAGCCUCCUUCGCCAAGAGUGUGAUCGGUACGCCAGAGUUCAUGGCUCCAGAGAUGUACGAGGAGCACUACGAUGAGUCCGUGGACGUCUACGCGUUUGGCAUGUGCAUGCUGGAGAUGGCCACGUCUGAAUACCCAUAUUCAGAGUGCCAGAACGCCGCUCAGAUCUAUCGCAAGGUCACCAGCGGGGUGAAGCCUGCCAGUUAUAAUAAGGUGAUGGAUCCUGAGGUGAAAGAGAUCAUUGGCGAGUGUAUUUGUCAGAAUAAGGAGGAGCGUUACUCCAUCAAGGACCUGCUGAAUCACGCGUUCUUCGCGGAGGUCACCGGCGUGAGGGUGGAGCUGGCGGAGGAGGACGACGGCUUGAAGACGUGCAUCGCACUGAAGCUGUGGGUGGAGGAUCCCCGCAAGCUGAAGGGCAAGUACAGGGACGGAGGAGCCAUCGAGUUCAGCUUCGACCUGGAGAAGGAGGUCCCUGAAGCCGUGGCGCAGGAGAUGGUGGAGUCUGGUUUCUUCCAUGAGAGCGAUGCAAAGAUAGUGGGCAAGUCUCUCCGUGACCGAGUGGCUCUGAUUAAGUGGCGCAGGGAGAGGACGGUGCCGAGGGCCUCCCAGGCCGUGCCGGGCGAGACAGGGCCCGUCCUCUGUGAACCGCCCGGUCUGCUGGAGCCUGAAGAGCCGGAGGUGGAUCAGCAUGUCCUCGUGUGUCCGCUCGGUGCCAGGACCACCUCCACCACAUCUGACAGUGGCAUCGGCUCAACCGUGUACUCGGACUCCCACAGCAGUGGUCUGCACAGUGUCAUACACCAGUCAUUACAGGAAUCUGUCUCCACGGCAACCCAGCAGUAUUCUGUUCUGAGAGUCCAAAGCCAGGCUGCACCGGCUGCAGCUCAACACAUGCAGAUGUACCCUCCUGUCUCCUCAGAGACCCCCGCGCAGGCCACCGGACAGAUUCUGUCCACUCCCCAGCCGCUGGCACUUCUGCAGGGCGUCUUGACUGCACCACAAACCAUGAAACCACAGCAGCUCGCAUCUACAAGUCAGACUGCAGAGUUGAACGCGCAGGCCCAUGUGCAGCAUCAGCCUGCCUCUGUGCUACAUAGUGCCACGCGUCCGAGUUACCAUCCUGCCGCAGCAGAGCUAGCCAUUGCACAAACAUUUCCACCCAUGCAGCACACAGAACUCAGUCUCCCAUCUAAAACAGAAGCAGCGCUGCCUGCAGAUCAGAGUUUUCAGAGCAGAGCAUCUGCGCAGCCUCAACAAACACCUGUGUUACAACAUUUGCAGCAACCAACUGCGAAUGCCACAACAGAUGGGCAACACCGCGACUUCUCAAACAUGCAGCAAACUGCUCCUGUGCAGCUGAGCCAGACGGGCCCUGCACCACCUGUCCCACAGGGAACCCAGCACCAAACUGUACAUGUGGACCAGAACUCUUCAGGUAGCUCCGAUCACGCCCGUGUCUCUCAGAUGAUGACACACUUGACUCCAGCUCCUGCCCAGAGCUCCUGCUUCCCAUCCCACAGCAGCUAUAAUGUGCCUCAGCCUGCUACAGUACCGCAGCUCUCGCCCUUCAGACCCGUCCUCGACACAUUCGGCUCUGCUGUGACCGUGGACCAAAACCAGCCUCAUCAGCACUCCAGCCAAGCCUCUUUACCCCCCGUCCUGCAUGCUGGAGGCGGUGCCAGCCACCUGGGCAGCAGCAGUGUUACUCCAGCGCAGCAGCACAGCACCAGCGGCUGUGGAGGAACCUCCACUGAAAUAUUCACUGAGGAGCAUGUUCCUGAUACACAGGCAGCACCAGCUGGGUCCACUUAUGACAGUAUAAACUCAGAUGCCACAGCCGGUAAAGAGGUGAGCGAUGGGAACGAGGGUUCCAGCAGGGCUCGCAGUGAAUCACGAGUGCGAAAACCCAAUCGCAAAACGUCCCGCACGCGCCUCCGCCAAGACAAGAUCAACAGACCCAAACUCACCAUGAUCAAAGUGUGUGACACAGGAGACAAGAUGGUGGAGUGUCAGCUGGAGACUCAUAACCAUAAGAUGGUGACGUUUAAAUUUGACCUUGAUGGAGAUGCUCCAGAGGAGAUUGCCACAUAUAUGGUUGAGAAUGAGUUUAUUCUGUUGCUGGAGAGGGAGAUGUUCAUUGAGCAGCUGAAGGAGAUCAUGGAUAAAGCUGAGGACAUUCUGAAUGAGGACGCUGAGGGUGAGAAGGCGUCUGUCCAGACCUCACCGCUCCGUCAGACGCCCGUUGCAGCAGACUCCGGCACGCAGGGGUCAAAACCUGAGCGCACGCAGUCUGACCAGCUAGUCUACAAACAGAACGUGCUUCACACCGGAAAGCGCUGGUUCAUCAUCUGUCCUGUGGCUGAGACGGCCGCCGCGCCUGACAGAGAAGAGGCCGUCUCCAACCCAGAGAGCUCCUCUACAUCUCAAAUGCAGGAUGUCAACACAGCCGGUGCCAAACCUCUGCAGAAGCGGCCAUCAUUGCUCUCUGAGGUCGCUCCGUUGGCCGAGGGCCCUCAAGCUGCCUGUGCGGCGGGUGUUUCUGUGGUUUCUGACAUCCCGUGCUGCCCACUUGUGCCUCCCGUUUCACUCGAUGUGGCGGCUCAGAAAGCCAUGGAGGGCCAUCAGCAGCCCGUCGCCCACACCAACAGCCCCAGCGCAGAGCUGCCUGUGAGCCAGACCCAGCCCGUGGUGCUGCAGCAGCCCUUUGCCACGGCCACUCCACAGGCUUCUCCCCAGAGCCCCACCCAUCAGCCUCAGAGCCCCACCCAUCAGCCCCAGAACGCCCCGCAGGUGCAGCCGGGCGAAUCAGACGGGGAAGGGCCGCCCAGGCUGGAGUUUGCAGACAGAACCAUAAAGACUCUGGAUGAGAAACUGCGAAACCUUUUGUACCAAGAGUACCACCCCUCGCAAACCGCGAGCUCCACCUCCGAGCCGCCCGGAUCACCUCCGCUGUCCGACAGCCAGGGCAGUGAUGGAGCCGUAAGGAAUGCAGAAAAACUGCCUCAGAUUCCAGAGAGGUCUGACAGUCUCGGGACCUUGAGUGAUUCUGCUGUUGCCCCCUUCAAAAGACUUCUGACCAGAAAAGACUCCGGGGCCGCUUCUGCUACACACACCUCUAAGAGCAACGUCCAGAUUGAGCCGACAGAUUCAGAUGUGUCUUCUCAUGAUGGUGGAGGAGAUCAUGUGAUUGAUUUUGAGUCUGUUCCUGUAACUGAGAACAGACACAGAUCCACAUCAAAGUCACAAAGCAACCGUUACUCAGCACCUCCUGACUUAUAUCAGGACACAACUACUUCCUUUCCAGAGGCCAGACCCACAAUGCCUUGCGCUCAGAGCUUGCUGUCAGCGGAUGGGACAGCGCAGUACCUGUCCUCUGACACAGGAGAGGAGGGUCAGAGCGAGAUUCUGUCUGUUAAGCCCACUUCUCCAGCUCCUGGCCCGUCAGAGUGCAGCGGCGGGGACUUCAUGAAGCGGGCGGUGGCUUUCCUCCGGCACUCGGGUCACAGCAGCAGUGUCCAAAGCUCCGACUCGCCCCCUUGUCCUCUGGUGAACGGACACGCCCCCUCAGUUAGCGGCCACGCCCACUCCGCUUACGUCAGCAGUGAUAACGACUCUGAAUUUGAGGACACUGAUAUGAAACGAGAGCUGCAAAAGCUGAGAGAGAAGCACAUGAAGGAGAUCUCCGAGCUUCAGGCUCAUCAGAGAGGAGAGAUCGAACAGUUGUAUUCUCGGUUAGGUCGACCGGUUCCUCCCAGCAUGGGCUUCUUGCAUGCAGUGCCGCCUACAGGCCGCCGCCGCAGAGCCUCCAAACACAAGCUGAAGGGAAGCCGACUGCUCAAUCCCAUGGUGCAACAGCUUAGGAACAACCGAAGCAACAGCUCUACUGAGACGUGCUCCAGUGUGUCGGGGUCUCCGGUCAAGAGCUCGGAUCUGGGUAACAGCUCAGUGGGAUCCAGCACAGCCACGCUGAGCCCCGUGUCAGAACCACUGGAGCCGGUCCAGACUCAGCAGCCCUGCUCGCUCAAGGGCUCUCUGUCCUCUGACAACAUCUACGGCCCCACCACACACACAGCACCCCGACAAGGCUGGACCGUUUACCACCAAACAUCUGAGCGAAUCACCUAUAAAUCUAGUAGCAAACCACGCACUAGAUUCCUCAGUGGACCCGUGUCUAUGUCCAUCUGGUCCACUCUGAAACGGCUAUGUCUAGGGAAAGAGCGCAGCAGUAGGUCUCACAGUACUAGUGCUGCCCAUGUGACUUCAGCAUCCAAUCAGAACCUGCCUCCCGCAGCCAUGCCUGCUUCAUCCUCUCGGCCGAUCACGGUGCUCGUUCAGGCUCAAGCAAACAACAGCAACAACAAAAGCGGUACCUUCACCGAUGACCUACACAAGCUGGUUGAUGAUUGGGCAAAAGAAAAUCUUGCCUCCGCCCCUCAGCUCCGCCCCUCUGUGUGUCAGAGUAGGCCGCAGAGAUCUCAUCAGUCCUUCCAGACCAACCCUACUCCAAUGGCCAGAGUCCCCAAUCAGAUAAGGGGAUCAAUCCCUCAGUCAGCUGUGAAGUUCCAUCUACCACUGUCCUGUCCUCUGUCAGCAGCUCUGGGUCCCAUCAUGCCUCAUGGCAUCACCAGCACCCCAUCACCCAUCCUCCAGCAGGGCGGAUACUUGAUGCCCACCGUCCCCUUUGCUGGGAUGAUGCCAGCCCCUGUGUAUCCAAACCAGUGGUCCGGUUUGCCCAGUCCAGUGUUUGCUACGGCCGGUAUGGUCUCGUACCCAGCCAUGGGCAGCCCAGCACUGCAGACUUUUCCUCUGGUGGUGAAAAGCCCAGACGCCUCGAUGUGCCCCAGCAAAGCCAGGACUGCUUAAGAGUGCCACUCUGCGCUCCAAACACAGCAACAUACACUGGUUUUUGCGUAAAGCUAAUCAAUGCACACUUGCAGAAGGAUAAUCAUGCAAACUCAACACAACUGAUUACAAGUCAAGUCACCUUUAUUUGUAUAGCGCUUUAUACAAUACU